CUUGACCUCCAGAACAUUCUCGUUGACGACGACGGUAAUGUGACCGGCAUCAUCGACUGGGACAAGUCUUAUGCAGCACCGCGCUGUAUCGGUGCCUCUGCUGUUCCCAUCUUCCUCCGUAGCGAUUGGUUCCCUCGCUACACACACGAUUUACGCAUCACCCCACACAUGGGUUGGAAUGAGCACUACUAUCGUCAGAUAUAUGCUGCUGCUAUGGUAGAAGUUGGCAACCCUGAUGCAAAGUACACAUUGAAGUCAGCUAUCUACCAGGCGUGCAUGUCGGCAAUUUACGAAGGCGGUGACUACAACGACCUCAUCGAGAAGCUGGUCCGAUACAUCCCAGAGUGUCGAAUCCAUACCGAAGAUCUCAAGCUCGGACUUGGUAUGGGGUGGCCCGCAGCGGUAGAAAUGCUCGAAUGCCAGCUGAAGAAGAUUUUUGAGCCAGAGUUGCCGCGCGCUGGGUUGCUGAAGGACUUGAAUGAAGAGCUGGAGCUGAAGGGUUGGUUGGGUGGAUUUGAUGACCUUCUGGCGUUCUACGAGGAAGAAGAA